UAUAUUUUUUAAUUUCCUUCGAAAUAUUCAUAGACGACAAGGGAAAAGAUCGUACGGCUCUCGAAUAAUUUCCGGCUAAAACAACGGUUAAUAAUGAACUCUAGUUGUGACGUAUCACAUGUGAACGAAACAUACAGUUCAAUAGAUUCGCUCCGUGACUCAAGAGAAGAGAGAGAAAUGGGGAUAUCGGGUUCGAAGCGAGUCAGGACGACUCUAUCCAACUCGCCCGAGUUUGACUCGGCUUGUGACUCAGCGUACGAGGAGUCUCUAUCUCUCGCACAGCAUGCUUUCGCCGGAGUUCGUCCUUACCAGCUUCUCUCCGCCGCGUCUCACAUCCACCGGAAUCUGUCCUCUCUCCGGUUCCCUCUAAUCACAAGGUGGGUGUCUUCCCCUCCGAGUCAAUCACAAGUGGACUCAGCUCUCCGAUUCACCAUCUCUCGAGUCGCGGCGGCGGAGGAGGAAGACGAUGGUGAGAUCCUCGGGCCAGAGGAGUUCAAGGAAUGGGCUAUGGAGGUUUUCACGGAAUCCGUCGUGGGAAACGCGAGGAAGGCGAUAGCGAGUCAGAUACCAUUAGGAAUCGUCGGAAUCGCUGGGAUCGGUGCGGUGACUCGGUCUGGUCAAAACAUGAUCGGAGCAGCGAUUGGUGUGUACGCAAUUGGAGUUGCUACGUCGGUUUUUCUCAGCCUCUCUAAUUAAAAACAAAACAAAAAAAAGAUUAGUUUUGUUCGAUCGUUACAAUCAUAUAACAUCUGUUUCAUUAACCAAAGUAAACCAUGAUUAUGCUGGGUUACUAGUUUUGUACUUUUGUUUCAUAUAAGAUUGUUUGGAAUUUUUAUAUAAAUUAUUUACAGGCAGACUGUAAUGUAGACUAUGUAGUACAGUAGUUAUAUAUUUUGAACUUUAUAUGGCUA